AUGCUGUCAACAAUCACUGACGCCCUUCCCCAAUAUGGCGAGUUGAUCAAGCUUUGGUCCGAUAAGAGUCAUGCAAGUCAUGAUCCAGCGGAUACCAACAUCCACAAGGUCCUUCAACACAUCGGCGAGGUAUACCAAGAUAUUUUCCAAAUUUUACACUUCGCGGCUCGUGUGUUCACGAAAUCUGAUGGGAAGAGAAAACCCGUUGUCGUUGUCGAAACUAGUAUCUGGAAGCCCUUUGAGUCACCGUCCAAUGAUACGCUUCGGCGAAUGGCAGGGCAUCGGCGCUUCAUUCUCGAGCAACUAGUAAUAUGGCAUGCUAGUGACCUCACGCAGGACAUGACAAGAGCUGCGGCAGACCGUGAAAUUCAUAGUGCCGAAUUCAACGACGCAGCAGAAGAACGUCAAUUGGCCGAGACGGAGCGUGCCCUGACGAGGAAGGAACGGGAACGUUACCUCGAGAACAAGAGACUUCCCAAAGAUAUUCAGGAAAUGAUUCGUUCUCUAAGUAACAGCCGGAAAGUCGAGGGCACCGCCUUGUGGUUCCUCGAGAAUCCGAGCUACAUCAACUGGAAGGGGUGCAAAUCAGAGGCUCUACCUACAAAGACCCAAUUUGGGGGCAGUGCUUUAUGGGCACAAGGAAACCCCGGGGCGGGCAAGACCGUAAUUGCUGCGACUGUGAUUAAUGAGCCCAUUGGCGAAUACGCCACAUCAUCACGUUCUAACAUAUUUUACUACUUCUUUGAUCAUCAGUCCCCUUCUAGUCGAAGAUCAAGCGACGCAUAUGGCUCGAUCCUCGCACAGUUGCUUUGGAAAGAACGCAGAAACCCUCAAAUAUAG